CUUUAUUAUUGCUUCAUUCAUUCCUUAAAAUUUUGUCAUAUUUCCCUUUUAUUGUCUCCAAAAUUUUGUCAUUUUCCCUUUGUUGGGAUAUAUUAUCCUGAAUCUGUUAUUGUUCAGGAGCCCGAGACCUCACAUAGUACAGAGCUCGUUCAAUAAGGCCCGUUUCGGCCCGUUUUGAUCAUAUGGCCCACUUCGACCCAACUGGCCCGUAUUUGGUCCAUUAGGGUGGAGAACACCUUUUCCCUUAUCCCUAUAAAUAAGAGGCUUUCCCACAUGUUUAAGGAUCCUUUCGUUGACUGAUUCUUCUUCCUUCUCUCUAGCUAGCUUAGAAUACUCCAUGAAUGGGUGCUCAAUACCUUGUACUUUGUAAUGGUUGGGAUAGAUUAAUGAGAAUGAAAGAGCUUGUAUAUUAGCCUAAAAAGUCCCAUAGUUUUCUCCCUUUCGGUAUCUACAUAAAAACUGAACUUGUUUAUACACAUUUAUACAUAUAUUUACUAUAUCGUGUUGAAUUAAACUCAACACUGGCACCGUCUAUGGGAGUAUGUCCAAAAAGAUUCAUGUGUUCUACUGUUCUUGAGUUUCUACGAGAAAUUCAUACAGAUGAACUCAAGAUUCUAGAAAAGAAAAAAAGGACAGAAAUGGCUCUGAGGGAAGAAGAAACGAAGAAGCUGCAAAAAUUGGGAAGCCAAAUCUGGAUUUUUGUUUCCAGAUCUGUUUUGGAAGUCGCCGGAGCCGCCGCCGUCCCCGCCGGCAGGGAGCCUCCGCGGUGUUAGCCGGCACUAGAAGAAGCUCGCUUCAGCACCCCAAAUCUCAUAACACCUGCAACACAGCUGCUCGUCACGCGCAGCUGCUUCUGCCGCCUAAAGUCGCCGCACCGCCGCUCGCCGCUCGCCGCCCGCCGCCGGCGGUCAACUACCGACUACCCCUCCACCUGGUCAGUCUCGGUUCGAGCCUCCACCGGCCAUCCUGUUCGGCCGCUGCGACCUGAGGACCUAGCGACUGGGAGUUCUUUGACUUCCGCCAUUAAUGGAGAUUCGGAGCUCGGGGAAGGUACUGACGAAGCUCAGUAAGCAGGCCUCCCAUCGGGACCAGACCAUGUCAUCAUCAUUGCACCGCUGCAAGCGUCCAUACCUCCGUCGUUUGGCCUCGGUUUGGUGAGCCAACUUUCCCAAAAGAUACGGAGUGCUCAGAUGCCUUGGUCCGGCCACGUGAGUAGGAUGGAGGGUGACAGAGGAAUAAAGUUGGACCACCUUGACCAAGUCAAAUAGCAAAGGAACCAAAUUAAAUUGAGGAAACCAUGCUGGGGAACGUCUAUGCUGAAGUUGUGGAGCAUUAUUUGAGAAAUUCAUAAAUGGGGUACUUCGGACCAAAGUCAAAAUUGAUAGAGGGAGAAAACCUGGCUAGCCUUAUCGCUGGUUGAGCCCAUCUAAAAAAAAAGCUAAGUGCCCCUCUUUUUCUAACUUAAGUGUUCAAGUGAUGAAGCAUGAUUAGUAGUGCUAUAAUUUAUUAUGUUAUCACCAUUAUUUAAUAGGGGCUAAAUUGCCCCGAAAUUAAAUAGUGCGAGCGAUGCUCUAAUGAUAAUUAUUUCACCGUCAUUUUAAUUAAUGGCCGGUUGUUGUGGGCCCGUUGGCCCGCUCCUGAUCGGCUUUAAUUAGCGAACGGAGCGUAUCUCAAUGGCCUUUGGUAGGAUAGUAUCAUUACUAUUACCUGUUACAUCACUAUUAUUUAUUAGUGAUAAAAAUGUCCCGACUUAAAUAAUGAGGAGCGAAACUCUAGUGAUGGCUAGUUCAGCCAACAUUUUUAUUAAAUACUUAAUUGUUUGUGGGGUCGUUGGCCCACUCUCGAUCAACUUGAUUAAGGGAGUGUUUGCGAUUACUUCAACUUUAAAAAAAGUGAUUUUUUAAAGUGAUUUUGGGAAAAGUGAUUAAUAGUAAAAGUUGAUAGUGUUUGAGAAAAAAGUGAUUCUGAAAAAGUAAAAGUUGGUAGUGUUUAGUAAAAUAAGUACUUUUUGUGUAGUAGAAAAAGUGAGAAGCAGUUUAAAGCACCCUUCUACCUGCUUCCAGCUUUUAGCUUUUAAGCGAUUAAUUUAAGCAGAAGCUAUCAUUUGAAAACACUCUUUUCAACUUUUUUUAAGCCAAAAGCUGAAAAACGUUUUUUUUAAUCAACCCCAAACACUCCUUAAGCAAUCCGAACGUCUCCAGAGGGCAGUGCCCCGAUGACGCUUUUUAAGUUGGGGUUGCGCAUUAGUCUGCACGACAUCAAUGCCUGAUCGACGAUCGUACCCCAGUACCAUCUACGCCAUGAGGCGCGAAGUGAUUGUUGCCAACACGGCCUAUGGGGCCCGAGGGCACCAAAGCGCUCAACCUCGUUUUUCGAGGAUAAUGCGACAAGCGUGGGUUUGAGUUCUCAAACUCACAGACCAAUGAUUAUUUUUAUGAGACGUUCGGCAGGCUGCUAAGUGGCCCCGCCGCGAGCUGCCACGUCCAGUAACCCCGCACGAUGAGCUGAGUCGAGGGUCACAAUAAGCUGUAGGCCUGGCAAUCGUGAGCGUUAAAAAGAAGAAAGCCACGCAGAUUGCUAUGUAUAUAUAUUGUCGGGCUGUGCGGCCCGUUACCAUGUUAGUUAUGCAAGCAAGGUCGCUCGACGUGCUCGAGCAGAAGAUUAAAUGACGCUCGGCAUGAGUUCCGAAGACGUUCCAAUCGGCUUAAGCAAAGGGCCGCGAGACGUUCAUACGUCCCCAAGAGGCCGAGGUCCAAGUGGAAACCAGACGUAAAAUUCAAAACAGACUGCAUCAACACAGACGUGAUAUGGGAAGUUCGCUUCCUUCAAAAGACCUUAUGCGAUUAAAAAGUGUGUGUAAAGAUUGGAUGACCAUUAUAUGUAAUCCUAGAUUCGCAAAAGAACAUUUGUCUCAUUUUCUUUCUAAUCCUGCAGCCUCCUAUAUUUUGAUUCUGUUAAAUGGUGUAUCUGUCGCAGCUCAAGAAAGAAAUCUUCCAAAUUUUAAAGUUCCGGCAAAUAAAGUCUUGUUUCAAACUCACAGGCCUUGCUCUAACUCGGUUAAUGGACUGAUCUGUUUUCAACCUAAAAACCAAAACAGUUAUACCAUAGUGUAUAACCUGUCCACAUGGGAGAAAAGAAACUUGCCGCCGGAGAAAAUCGAAGAAGGCUAUAAAUAUGCACUAGGAUUCGACCAUUCCUCACAAAAUUACAAAAUACUUCACUUUGGUGGAAAAAGGGGUUGCGAAGUGUUGACUUUGGAGAGACAAUCAUCCUGGAGAACUGUGGUUGAUGAACCACAGUUCCGUACUGAGAGAGCAUUUGAAUCAUCUGGCCCGAUUUACUGUGAAGGAAAGAUUUAUUUCAAUAAAAGCUACCAGAAUUCAGAAGGCUAUGUCCAUUAUUUUAAUGUUGAAAAUGAGAGGUUUGGGACUAUCGUAGUUCCCCCUCUAGAUGAUGGACUUUAUACUCAUGCGCCUGUAGUAGAGGUUGGGCCAAAUAAUCUUGGAUUUGUGGCGUGGAAAUAUCAAAGGCCGUGUUCUCCUGAGUGUAGGUUUUGGGUAUGGGACCAAAACCAGACAUGGGAUCUAAGGUGGAGAUUUUCGAUGUCCAGCAUGGCAACUAUAUGGGGUUCCAUUGAAAUAGGAGAAAUUGUAAUAGGAGUCAGUAAGCUGUUUUUGUACGAUGUCGAUACUUUCACUAAAAAGAAGCUCAAGGGGCGGUUGCAAGGUAUCAUAAGAACGUUCUCUGCAAUCAUGUGGAGAACACAUUUCCACUAUCAAUAACUCAGUAAGGUCAUCCCCUGUCAUUUAUAUGUUCCUGUACAUGAUUUUUUAUUUAUUUGGAUGAACAGUUUUAGUGUCAGUUUAUCAUGUUAUGUGCACUCUUACUUUCUACUUUGUCUACGCUGUUUUAGCUUGCCCUUCGGUGAUUUAAAUAUUGCCACAUUAUAGUUUAAUCAGGCGAGAUGCUAAAAAUGGACAGUGUGUUAUUGUUAUGUACUAUAUCAUGAUGUGCAAAUUUAUCUCACGUAUAGAGAAUGUGGGUGAUUAUGAAGAGAUUAUUAGUUAUCAACUAUAGUGGUUUUGAGAAGGAUUAAUGCCAACGGGUAGGGAGAGAAUUGUUUUAGGGCUUAUGUUGACUUGAAUUGUUCCAAUAUUCAUUAGUUUUUUAGUUCUCUUUAGACACAAGUUGAAUCAGUUUUGCAUCCAAAAGUAAUUCCUUAUGACUCAAAUCUUAAGAUAAAAAUAGGUUCCUAGGUUGAUGUGUCGGUGUGAAAGUGAUUGGACUGGUUAACAUCAAGCAGAAAAUAUAGUUAGUCACUGUUUAACACAAUUUUCUCUAUGUGAAGUCAGAACGGCAGAAACGGCAGAAAAUAUAGUGUCGGUGUGAAGUCAAAAUCAAGCAAAAAAUAUAGUUAGUCACUGCUUAACACAAUUUUCUAAAGGCUCACAUUGCACAUAUUUUGCAUGCUAGGGCACUAGCAGGUGAUGGAAACAUUCACAUUCUUGGAAUAAGUAAUUCUGCAUACAACACAGUUAGUUAUCCACAUAGGUACCUACACAAAAAUCAUAUGCACUACUUAAU